AUGACCACGGACGGUCACUCAAAGAAGAUCCAGACGUCUGAACCCGCAGGAAGUGAUGGAGUGAAGAACAGCGUGUCCAGGGCAGCUGUGGUGUGUUUGGUUCUGCUGUGCGUUCUUCUGCUGACCGCAGUCAUAGUGCUGUGUGUCCACUUCCUUACAAAGAGCACAAGCUACGCUCAAGAGGGACAACAGCUACGAGCCAAGAUCACCAACCUCACAGAGGAAAGAGACCAGCUGCUAACCAACAACGGGAUUCUCACGAAAGAGAGGGAUCAGUUGAAAUCAGAAAAAAGCGAACUUCAGAAGCUUUCUGUGGGUGGAUGGCAGUGCCAUCAAACCAGUCUUUACUUCCUCUCCUCUGAGAAGAAGAACUGGACUGAGAGCAGAAGAUACUGUACAGACAGAGGAACAGAUCUGGUCAUCAUAAACAACAGAGAGGAACAAGAUUUUGUGAAGACCAUUUCUGCGGUUGAUUUAGUCUGGAUUGGUCUGACUGACAGAGAUGUGGAGGGCUCAUGGAAAUGGGUUGAUGGCAGCAGUGGGACCUUUGUGUUCUGGGAGGAUGGACAACCGAACAGCUACCAGGGAGCAGAUGAAGACUGCGCUCUAAAUCAUUCACCAGGAUGGGCUGACUGGCCCUGUACUUGUUCAUUUAAAUGGAUCUGUGAGAAGAGUAAUUUUUAAAUGACUCAAUAUGAUGCGUAUUUAUGUAUAGGGCAUCCAAUUUCCCAUCUUUGGAUUCAUCUCAUCCCUAAAGCAGCCAUGGUACAAUAUGUCAGUAAAACAUCAAAUCUUGUGUUUAACAAUUUUUUCAGAAUUUAUUUGGAUAACUUAAUUAGGUUGCAUAAAAUCAAUGAUAAUAAGAAAAAGUAAAAAAAAAACAACUAUCAUAUCAAUGUUAAUUUACUUUACUUUUAAUCUUUCGUCAGAUUAUGUAUGAGAUUUAAAUCAAAAUAUACAUGUGAAAAAAAACAGCAAUGUUUCGAUGGAAUGUAACAACAAAAAUAAUAGCUCAAACUUACCCAGGUCAUUAUAAAACGGAAUCCUAACGUAGACUGA